GCCUUGAUAAUUUAUUGCUUAAUAAACUCCUCGGGGUUUUUUUUUCUUUUACAGGAAAUUGACGCCAUACCGUUACACAAUGCAGACGGUAAAGUGUGUGCUGCUGGGGGACGGGGCUGUGGGUAAAUCAGCCAUGAUCAUCACCUACACCGCAGGCUUUCCUAAGGAGUGGACCCCAUCAGUGAUGGAGAAUUAUAAGGUCAGUGUGACGGUGGACGGGAACCAGGUGAACCUGGAGGUGUGGGACCACAGCGGAUUAUCGGACUAUGACCGGUUAAGACGCCUGUCCUUCCCACAGACGGAUGUUCUCCUGCUUUGCUUUUCCCUCACCAGUCCGUCGUCUUUUGAAAACGUGCGGAGCAAGUGGAUUGAAGAGGUCAGACAUCACUGCCCCGCGGUGCCGGUCGUCCUGGUGGGCACCAUGUUGGACCUCAGAGACGAUAAAGACAGGAUGGAGAAGCUGAAAAAGGAGCAUCUCUCUCCUAUCACCUAUGAUCAGGGCCUGGCCAUGGCUGAAGAAAUAGGUGCGGUAACAUACCUGGAGUGUUCGGCUCUGACUGCGCGCGGCCUUCAGGCGGUGAUCGAGGAAGCCGCCAGGGUGGGCCUGAACGCCAAACCCGUCAAAAAACCGAAGCAAAGCUGCAGCCUGUCAUAAUGCAGACGAUGCCUUUUACAUAUUCAUGAUUUUAAAAACAGGGACGUUGUCGCCGAGGCCAGCAGAGUGGAAUGAUGAGAGCGAGCGUUCUGAGAGAAAUUUAACCCCCCACUGCUUUAUAUUCCCCAGAGAUUCUUUUAUUCUUUGGUGUUCUACAGUCACUUUGUAUGAAAUGAAAGUAUCACAGUGAGAAUGUGUGGUAAAGCGAUGCUAGGCAGACAGAGUAUUAGAGCCACAUUGAUCCAAAAAAUAUUUAUCAAAUAAAAACAAAAUCAAGUUGUAGCAUUACAAGAAAAAGUCUGAAUUUUAUGACUUUUUCUUGUAACUCCAUUAUUAUGACUUCAUUCUUUUAUGAUUUAUUCUCAUAAUAUUAUGACUUUUGUUCUUCGUGAUUUCAUUUUUCUUUACUCUGUCGAAGGUUACAACCAGGUUCCUGGGAAAUUUCCCAAACUAACGGUUUCUGUUGAUGUGGACAUGUAGACGUUUUAAUCAAAGCCAUUCAGCUCACUCCAGUUCUUCUCAGUUCAAUGGUAGAAUUAAGGCUCUCUGCCCAGGGCAGCCCAACCUGUGGGGCGAAACAAGAACUCAGUGGGGACACAAGUCAUCUCACAAUUGAGCCCCAAACUAGUUUUCUGUUGCUUGUUUAUAUGAAGUCUGGGAAGAGGAAGAAGGAAAAGGCUCUUCUACAGCGUUCAACACAGAAAAUGAAAAUAAAAAUGUAUUUUUAAUGCCCUUUUACACAUCUUGAUCUUGAGUGAUGUCUAUACACGUCUGGCAUUGUUUAUUAUUUUUGUUUUA